AUGGCCUGCAGUGUAGCCGCCGCAGGAGCCUCCCAAGCUUUCUACCCCUCUCUCAUGGCGCAAGAUCACUACUCCUCCGAGGCAACCCUUUCGUCGUCGUCAUCAUCCCCUUCUCCGUUGAAUUUCCGUCCGAACAGAUGCUCGAGCACCCUCAGACGGUCCUCCUCGAAGGGAACCCGCUCCCCUGUCGUCGAUAAUUCGUCUGGUGCGAGUACCUCUGGGGCUACUUCUGAGACCGGGCUUCUGAAGCGGAAGAGGCCGGCUCGAAUCGUCAUUCCUGCUAUGCGGCCCCUGAAAUUGGCCGCAGAAUCGGACUCCGGCGUGGAGGUAGUGGAGGUGGAGUCUCAGAGGUUCUCGGUUUUCUGUAAACGGGGGAAGACGAGGAAGGAGAUGGAGGAUCGCUUCAAGGCUUCGUUGGACGUUCAGAGAAAUCCUCAUUCGGUAUGCGCUGGCACUCCAUCCCGAUCUGUUUUCAAUUGAUCGAUCGGCUAUGGCGCCUUAGAUAUGUCUCUCUAGUGUUCUGAUGAAUAAAUCUGGUUUCUAUUUCUCGCCUCAGGCGUUCUUCGGCGUUUACGACGGGCACGGUGGCACAGCCGCCGCUGAAUUCGCUGCGGAGAACAUGGUCGAGUACGUAAUGGGGGAAGUGGCAAAGAGAGAAGAGGAAGACAGCGACGGGUACGAGUACGCCGUCAGAUCAGGUUAUCUGAGGACGGACAGGGAGUUCUUAGAGAAGCAAGGGGCCGGCGGAACUUGCUGCGUCACUGCGGUAAUCAACAAUGGCGAUCUCGUCGUUUCCAACGCCGGGGACUGUCGCGCCGUCAUCAGCAGGGGAGGAGACGCGGAAGCCCUAACUUCCGACCACCGCCCCUCCAGAGAAGACGAGAGAGCCAGAAUCGAAAGCCUGGUACACCUUCUCCCCCGAUUUACAGAUCACGAAAAGAGACUAAAUCCGUAGUAAAUCUCAGUAAGACUCACACCUGAACCCCCCUUCUCUCUUUCUUCCAUUUUUCCAGGGCGGCUUUCUGGAUCACUGCGGUGGGUUGCUGAGGCUGCAGGGCUCCCUGGCCGUGUCCAGGGGGAUCGGAGAUCGACAUCUCAAACAAUGGGUGACCGCCGAACCGGAGACGACGGUCACGAAGAUCGGACCCGACUCCGAGUUCUUGAUCCUCGCCUCUGAUGGACUAUGGGAAAACGUAAGAUCUAUAUAUCUCUCUUCAUCUGUGAAGUUCCCCCUCGAAUCCCUGUUCCUUCUAUACUGAUCGACCGAGAGAAGCUGACUCCGACGCCUUUCUUGCAGGUGAGCAACCAGGAGGCUGUUGACCUCGCCCGCCCCUCCUGCGUGGACUCCUCUGGCCGGCUCUCGCUGCUCUCCGCCUGCAGAAGUCUCGCAGAUCUCUCCAUCUCCCGGGGUUCCAACGACGACGUCAGCGUCAUGAUAAUCAGGCUGAGAGAUUUCCUCUGA